AUGAAGUUCAUUCUCGCAUUAUGCUGCCUGGUGGCUUCCGCACUCGCUGCCUCAGCCGACAACGCCAAGCCCCAAUAUCCCGACAACACCAUGCCCCAAUAUCCCGACAACACCAUGCCCCAAUAUCCCGACAACGCCAUUCCCCAAUAUUCCAAUGGGGAACAAGUGACUCUUCACUUUGCCAAUGAGCUCGGCUCCCAGCCCAAUCCAGUUAGCGUAGACUUCCCGCUUGACCGUGUCCCCCGUGAUGUCAUGGAUGUCAUGGAGGGUGGAUCGGACCAAUAUGUAUCGGCAAUUCAAGUGACUGAUCAGUCUAGCGCAACAUCGACUUUCAGCUGUGAUGUCCGCGUUAUGGGAAGGUUUUUCGGUACAUUUACACCAACGAUGACGUAUAAGUCUAUCGGCCAAAGCGUUCGGUUGAGUAGGGUGUCAGUGCAGUGCCGACCCUAA